AUGUUCUCUCCCCAACAACAUGUCCCGCAACACUACAACAACGUACUCGUCCAGCACCACUCACACUCACCGUCCACGACGACGUCCUCAUCCUCCCGCUCCCUCCCACCACACCACCCACACCGUCCCGCCUUCGUCGCACAGGCCGUCCCCUCCGUCACAUUCACCCCCGACGGCGUCCGCUACGGAGAUGCCCACUCCACCUCCACUCGCUCCUUCACGCCUAUCAAGGAGGUCGGCGACGGCUCCUUUGGCACCGUCGUCCUCUGCGAUUGGCAUGGGCAACUACCCCCCAAUACACCGCUUCCCGCCAUGCAGGCUGGCGCCGGCGCUCGCCCGGACUACGCCAACAAGCGUCUCGCCGCCGUCAAGAGGAUGAAAAAGAAGUGGGAGGGCGGCUGGGACGAGUGUAUGCGUUUGAAGGAACUCGAGGCCCUCCGCGCGAUACCCAUCCAUCCGAACAUCAUCCCCCUCUACGAUGCCUUCCUCCUCCCACAGACAAAGGAGCUCUACUUCGUCUUCGAGCCCAUGGAGGGCCACCUCUUCCAGCUCAUCAAGGCUCGCAAGGGCAGACCCCUCGCCGGCGGCCUCGUCGCCUCCAUCUUCCGCCAGAUCGUUUCCGGCCUCCAUCACAUACACGCCUCGGGCUACUUUCACCGCGACAUGAAGCCCGAAAACGUCCUCGUCACAACCACCGGUCUUUACGACUACCCGAACCUUUCCCCCGUCGCUCCCCCAAACGCUCCCCCAGAGAAGGACGUCGUCGUCGUCAUCAAGCUCGCCGACUUUGGUCUCGCGAGAGAAACGAAGAGCAAACCACCGUAUACGGAGUACGUCUCCACAAGAUGGUACCGCGCCCCCGAGGUGCUCCUCAAGAGCAAGGACUACUCAAAUCCCGUCGACAUGUGGGCGCUUGGCACUAUCAUGGCCGAGCUCGUCAACCUUCGUCCCCUCUUCCCCGGAAAAGGAGAGAUCGACCAGAUUUCGAAGAUCACUGAGAUUCUUGGCGAUCCCUCUGACGAGUACGGCUAUGAUCAGAGAGGCAAAUCAAUCGGAGGUGGCAAGUGGUCGAGGGGGUUGAAGAUGGCGAAAGCGGCCGGGUUGGCCCUGCCCAAGACGCCACCCAAGAAUUUCAAUGCCAUGUUCGACCACAACGUCCCUCCUAAACUGGUGGAGUGUAUCGCGGACUUGCUCAAGUAUGAUCCCGCCGCACGUCUCACCAGUCGGCAAUGCCUCGAACACCCGUAUCUCUUGGAAACCGCUCCCCGUAUCACACCCCCACAGCCACCUCUUCUCAUCUCCACUUCUGUCCCCAAUCGUACCGGUCUCCCCACGCCCGUCUCCCUCAACGCCGUCUCACCUCGGAAUCUGCCCCCAUCCCACUCACAUCCAUCCCCUCAUCCCGUGCAUAUCGUCCACCUUCCCGAUCAGGCCACAUCACAUCGACAAUCCUUCUAUGCCUCUUCAGACGCGCCGUCCCCUCGGUCCGAGUAUUCCUCAGAUCCUCAUUACGCUCAUGUUCGCCAUUCGUCACAGCUGUCCGACAUGCCGCCACCGCCACCACUUCAACACUCCGCGACGUUCUCCACCGUGUCUUCCUAUCAGAGCAUGGAACCCUCACCGCAGAUCCCCCAGUCCGACUGGAACAUGUCCCCACACGGCGAGAUCCACGAGGAGUACGUCGUGGAUGGACAUGGACACCCGAUGGAGAUUCAGACUUCACCCGUUCUGCGGGAGUACCCGCAGCGACCGCCGAUCGAGGAUCCGAUGCAAGACACGACGAAUGGGGCCCUGCACGAAGUUACCUCUGGUACUCGCUUCCCGAAGCUCGGCACCAUCAAAUUUGGAGGAAAUAAGCCGUCCAAGUGGGGAGGACUCGGGAACAUGUUCGGAGGACACGGGGACAAGGGCCAGCCCGUGGCGCCUGGGUUGCCACCCGUGGACGAGCACAUGGCGGCGUCGUCGAACUCGACGCCGUCGCUCAAGCGGACGCAGUCGUCGAGUACGGACAGCCGGUCGUUGCCCGAGGUCGAACCACAGCGGGAAGCGAAGGAUCCGAAGAAGGAGAAGAAGUUGGCGGAGAAGAUGGCGAGGGAGGCGGAGAGGCAGCGGCGCGCACAGGCGGAGAAGUCGCAUCGGCAACAGGCGAGGGCGGUCAUGGAGAAGCGGAACCAGGUGAUCAUGCAGAACCACACGAAGCAGCAGCUCGAGUGGAAGUGGCAGCACUCCGGCAGCCUCCUCAACCCGGCCGAUGCACCUCGGCCACCACAGGCGGAUCCGAAACACAAGACGGCGUCGUCGUCUGGAUUGGGCGUACGACAGCAAUCGCAGGCUUCGUCCAGCCUCGGUCCGUCGUCGUACGAUUGGAGUCGGGACGAGCGGAUGGCAAAGGCGAGGAAGCGGGAAUACGACGACGAUCAUUCGAUGUCUUCCUCCGACGUUCAGAGCAUCGGUCCGGUCUCGAUGAUUUCUUUUGCUACCAUCGACAGCGAUCCUGGUCCUUCACGGCUCGCUCACCGGCCAAGCAUGCUCGGGCUGAAUCGGGUGACGACGGCGUCUUCUACGGGUUUCGACGAUUUCCCGGUUUCGGCGAGGUCAUCGAACUCGUUAUCGCACGAGCAGCAGCUGGCGAACGAUUUCCGGACGCGCGCGUCGGUGGCUCCUGGGGGAUCGUUAUCGGACGUGGGUUCGCCGCCUAUGCACGCGCUGUCGUUAUCGCCUUCACAUUCGUGGCAGACCGUUCAUCAGUCGCCGAAUCUCACCAUGGGCCAUCCACAGCCGACGAGGUUGACGAUACCGCAACAAGGCGGUCAUCCUCCACUGCCCUACAACGGACACGUACAUGGGCAUACACCAAGCCCUGCACUGGACGCACCGAAGUCGGCGAUCAAUCCUAUCUUCAAAGUGCCUUCGAUGCCUUCGUUGAAACGGGGUGCUCCAGAUCGGCCGCCUUCGGUGCCUCCGCCUUCGUUACCGCCGUUCGCGCAGCUGGAGGCGGUGGCAGGGGGAGAAUAUCCCCCGCCACUGUCGCCGAUGUCGUUCGUCAUGCCGGACGAAGACUUGGACUACUGACUGAUGUUUCUCAUUCUUCUCCCAUCGCUCGCUUCAUCUCUGCAUGCUCCUUUCUUUUCGUCUUCUCUGUGCAUCACAGCAUUUUCUUCCACUUCUCAUCUAUUUAACCACUCUGCUUUACACUCUGUCUCAUAUUCGUCUCUUUAUUCUCUCUCUCUUCUCUUCUCUUUUCGAUAUACUUCGCUCUUGUCCUCGUUAGUUAGUCAAUAUCCUGCUCUGUGGACCACACUCACAAUCACUGCUGCCAACAACAUCGUUGCUCCAUCCGCUCCUUACUCUUUUUCUCUUUUUUCUCCUCCUCCUGUCUCGCGGCUCGCUCGUCUCCUCUCUCUCUCUCUCGUACUCUCUCCGGUACUCUCUCCGCAUUUCUUCUCCUUCUUCUCUACUCACUGACCCAGACAGACAGACAGCCUGCCACCGCCACCGCCAACCGCACGCAAUCAACUUCUUUUUAUUCAACUUCGAUUUCUUACUCUUUCCAUAGCUUUUUCUUUCUUUUCUUUUACUUCUUUUACUUCUUUUGUUGCGCCUUUUGCUGCGUCGUGCUGCUUUUUUUUGUUGCAACUCUUACCGUCACCGUCACCGUCACCGUCACCGUCACCAUCAUUCGUCGUUAUCAGCUGUUUUAUAUUACAUGUCUACCUACCCCACCCCACCCACCUCUCCCUCCC